AUGGUCCCUGUACAGUCUUUCACAGGUGGGCUGCUGGGCACAGGUGGGGCUGCUGGUCACAGGUGGGGCUGCUGGUCACAGGUGGGGCUGCUGGUCACAGGUGGGGCUGCUGGUCACAGGUGGGGCUGCUGGUCACAGGUGGGGUUGCUGGUGCUGGUGCUGGCGGCUGGCGCUGGUGCUGGUUCCUGGUGCUGGCAGCUGGCACUGGGGCUGGUUCCUGAUGCUGGCGGCUGGCGCUGGGGCUGGUUCCUGGUGCUGGCGGCUGGCGCUGGUGCUGGUUCCUGGUGCUGGCGGCUGGCACUGGGGCUGGUUCCUGGUGCUGGCGGCCGGCGCUGGGGCUGGUUCCUGGUGCUGGCGACUGGCGCUGGGGCUGGUUCCUGGUGCUGGCGGCUGGCGCUGGGGCUGGUUCCUGGUGCUGGCGGCUGGCGCUGGGGCUGGUUCCUGGUGCUGGCGGCUGGCGCUGCGACCGCCGGUGCGACGGGCGAGGUGCAAGGUGGCGCUGGCUGCAGUCGAUGGCGCAAACGCGAUCGCGGGCCGCUGGCGACUUCGCUGGCGACUUCGCUGGCGGGUCGCUGGCGGCGGGUCCGCUGGCGUUCGCCAUAG